UUUAUUUGACAGAUAGAGAGAGAGAGAGAGAGACAAAGGUCUUCCUUCCGUUGGUUCACUCCCCAAAUGGCCGCCACGGCCAGCACUGGGCCGGUCUGGAGCCAGGAUCCAGGUGCUUCUUCCUGCUCUUUCAUGUGGGUGCAGGGGCCCAAGCACCUGGGCCAUCCUCCACUGCCUUCCCAGGCUACAGCAGAGAGCUGGACUGGAAGAGGAACAACCAGGACUAGAACCCAGCACCCAUAUGGGAUGGCUGUGCUGCAGGCUGAGGAUUAACCAAAACCUGCGUCCAAUAAGUUACCAAUGACCUGAACGUGAUGUUUUCUGGAGAGUCCACAGCUUCUCUACUUCCUCCUCUAAAUUGUGGAUUCCACUUCAUUUAAUACUCACUGAACCUGUGUUGUGCGUGAGUAUUGUCUUUGAUGUUGUUAAUGUGAUUGGAGUUUUCUUUGAUAAUUUACCUGUUCUAUUGAAUACUUCUAUAUUGUUGUUACUGUUAUGAUCACUGUUAUUUUUUUCACAACAGUGUCCAGAAUAAAACAAUGUGAUUAUUUCAGACACUUGGUUUUAGGCCAAUUUCUCUUUCUCAGUUUACCAAUCUCUAAAUGUUUAGAAGAGUGUUCAAUGACUGGAUUUAGGGUACACUGUCUUGAACUGUUCACAAAUAGUUGAUGUUUUUCUUUGUCUCAAUCUUAUUGGAUGUUCAGCAUUCAUACUUGUUAAUCUUCUGCAAUGUAACGGGGACAAAUGAGGCAUAUAGUCGCCUCAGAACCAGAGAUGAAUUUAUCAGCGGGAGAGGGAUAUCACGAAAGUACCGGAUACUCCACUGUGGGCCUCAUACUCUGUGUUCUUCCCGACCCUGGCCCUCCACUUUCUAUUAUACUUGCACCUCAAGUCUCUUCUGAUACCAAGCUUACUCUCCAAUGAGGCAAUGGUGCAUUGUUUUCCUCAAUCUGGAGUGUUUCAUUUUUCUCACUUCCCCUCAUUAUGAACCUGUCUCUCCUUUCUUAGCUCUACUAUUCCUAUGAAAGAGAACUCUCUCCUACUCACCAUUCCAGGAUAAAUUAGUACUUCGAUUUUUUGUCUGUCCUUAGUUAACAUUCUUAGGCAUUCAUGCUACUGAAUGCUUUUCUAUCAUGCAAAAUGUAAAGAUUUAUUUUCAUAUCCUAAAUUUGCCUUGUCAUCUUUCUUAGAUGAUUUUAUUUCUCUAAAAUUUGGAUCUUUAAAACAAAAUUCAUCCAGUAUAUAUUUUUUCCUGUUAAUCUGCUGAUUUUAAUAGAAUGUAUUUGUUUUUUUAAAUGUUAUCAGAAUGUUUUUUUUUACCUAGAAACCUUUUAUUUAAAGUAUACAAACUUCUUGCAUUUCAUAAAUACAACUUUAGGAACAUAGUGAUUCUUUCCACCCUACCCAACCUCCCACCUGCAGCCCCAUGCUCUUCCUCCUCCCUCUCCUGUUCCAUUCUUAUUUUUUACUAGGACCUAUUAUCAAUUGACUUUAUACACAGGAGAUUAACUCUAUACUAUUAAAGAGUUCAGGGCUGGCACCCUGGAUCACUUGGUUAAUUCUCCGCCUGCAGCACCCGCAUCCCAUUUGGGCACCGGGUUCUAGUCCCCAUGCUCCUCUUCCAGUCCAGCUCUCUGCUGUGGCCCCAGAGGGCAGUGGAGGAUGGCCCAAGUGCUCGGGCCCCUGUACCCGCAUGGGAGACCAGGAGGAAGCACCUGGCUCCUGGCUUUGGAUCGGUGCCAUUGGGGGAGUGAACCAAUGGAAGGAAGACCUUUGUCUCUCUCUCACUGUCUAUAACUCUACCUGUCAGAUAAAUAAAUGAAAAAAAAAAGAGUGCAACAAAUAGUAUGAAAAAAGAAACUGUUCCACAAUGGUUGAGACAAGGGCUGUUCAAAGUCGUUGCAUCUCAAAGUGUCAAUUUCACUUCUAUACAUCACCUUUUAGGGCCUCUCUUAGUUACCAUAGGUCAGGGAGAACACAUGGUAUUUGUCCUUUGGGGUGGCUUUUUCACUUAAGUAUAAUGUUUUCCAGUUGCAUCCAUUUUGUUGCAAAUGACAGGAUUUCAUUUUUACAGCUGUGUAGUAUUCCAUAGUGUACAUAUCCCAUCAUUUCCUUAUCCAGUUUUCAGUUGACAGACAUUUGGGUUGAUUCAAUAUAUUAGCUAUUGUGAAUUGAGCUUCAGUGUACGUGGGGGUAUAGAUAACUCUUUCAUAUGCUGAUUUUAUUUCCCUUGGGUUUAUUCCCAGGAGUGGGUUGACUGGGUCCUAUGGUAGGUCUGUAUUCAGAUUUCUGAGGUCUCUCCAUCUGUCUUCCACAGUGGUUCUAUCAGUUUAGAUUCCCAUCAACAAUGGACCAGACUACCUUUUUCCCCACAUCCUCACCAGCAUUUGUUGAUUGUUGAUUUCUGUAGAAAGCAAUUCUAACAGGGGAGAGGUGAAGCCUCAUUAUGGUUUUUAUUUACAUUUCUCUGAUGGCUAGUGAUCCUGAGCAUUUUUUCAUGUAUCUGUUGGCCAUUUGGAUAUCCUUUUUAAAAAAAUGCUUGUUGAAAUCCUUUGCCCAUUUCUUAACUGGACUGUAUUUUGUUGUUGAGUUUCUUGAGCUCUUUAUAGACUCUGAAUAUUAACAGUUUAAGUAGAAUGUGUCUGGGGGUCUGCGCUGGGACGUAGUGGGUAAAGCCACCGCCUGUGGUACUGUUAUCCCAUAUGGGCGCCAGUCAGGACCCAGAUGCUCCACUUCUAAUCCAGAUCUCUGCGUUAGCCUGGGAAGCAGUAGAGGAUGGCUCAGGUCCUUGAGCCCCUGCACCCACGUGGGAGACCUGGAAGAAGCUCCUGGCUUCAGAUUGGCAUGGCUCCAGCUGUACUGGCCAGUUGGGGAGUGAACCAGCAGAUGGAAGACCUCUCUCUCUCUCUCUCUCUCUCUCUGCCUCUCCUUUUUUCUCUGUGUAACUCUGCCUUUCACAUAAAUGGAUAAAUCUUUAAAAGAAAUACAUUGUUUUAAAAAAAGUAAUGCAUUUGUACUUGAGAGUAUGCAUUUGUGGGUACACAGACAUACAUCCCUUACAUUUUAUGUCAUUGACUGUGUGUUUUUGUGUCCUUCUCUCCUUGAUGUUGUCCCAUGCCUUUUCUUCUUCUUAAAAGAAUUAACCUGGCAGACAUUCUGUCUAAGAAGGAGCCAGGGGGAUCUUCAUGAAAUAGAAGUGCUGUACAACAGUCAAAAGAGGUCAUAGAACUAUUGUAUUAACAUGAUCAGAAUUCCAUUCUUGAUGGCUGACCCAAUUCAAGAGCCAAAUGUAUCCAUACAAGAAAUAUUUAUUGUGAUGUUAAAAGUUCUCAUUUUUGAAAUGCUCACUGUAUGUCAUAAGAAUCCCAGUAGCAAAAUCACAUGCAUCAUCUAAAUUAAUUUUGCUACAUAUACUAUCUUACUAUACCUGGAGAGACUUAUGUAUCUGAAAUUAUUAUCAUAAAAGGACGAGUUUAGGGGCUGGCAUUGUGGCAUAGUCGGUAAAGCUGCCAUCUGCAACACUGGCAUCGCAUAUGGGUGCUGUUUUUGUGUCUGGUUGUUCCACUUUCAAUCCAGCUUCAUGCUAAUGUACCUUUAAAAGUAGUGGAAUAUUGCCCAAGUGCUUGGGCCACUGCCACACCUGUGUGAGUCUGGAUGAAGAUCCUUUUUCAAGCCUGGCACAGCCCUUGCCAUUCAUGCCAUCUGGGUAGUGAGCCAGUGCAUGGGAGGUUGACAUAUCUCUCUCUCUCUCCCCCCACCCUGCCUUCCAAAUAAAAUAAUUUUUUUAAAACAGGAAGAGUUUAAAGUGUUAAUAAUGACAUCUAAUACUCAUUGAUUCUUACUGUGUACCGAGACAUUUUUACACUUCACAAGGAGAUAGUAGUAAUAACCACAUUUUUUAGAAGGAAAAGCAUAAGACACUGAGAGUGGACUUCUAUAUCACUAGGAAGUAUCAGCACAAGACAAAGGUUAUUUGAGUUGAAAGCCAUGCUUUAAUUACCAUUGUAUAGAUAUUAGAAUGUUGGAAUGAUGGAUAUUAUCAAAAAAAAAAAGAACAUACUGUGUUUCUAAAGGCUUUGUAGAGUAAUCCCAAAGAAAAAACUCAUUUAUGAGCGUAGAUUCCAGCUGGAGAAGUAGAACUAGUAAGUAGAUGAUAAAGGAAGAGAUUACUGGCAAAUAAAGGAAGUCAGGAUAAUUAUGCAUGUUCACCUGGGAAAUCCUCUAGAAAUUGGAAGAGUCAUUGGCAGGACUCAAUAGAAGAUCACAGAUAUCCAUCAAGGGCAGUUUGUUGAUGAUGUGGUUCCAGUUGGCUGUUGAUUCAGUAUUGUCUUGCCUCCUUUCCUACAAGAUUCCCCAGCUCUAUGGAAGUAGAAAACCACACAGGAAAAUCACAGUUCCUCCUCCUGGGCCUCUCAGAUGAUCCUGAGCUGCAGCCACUGAUCUUUGGGUUGUUCCUGUCCAUGUACACGGCCACAGUGCUUGGGAACAUGCUCAUCAUCUUGGCCACCAUCUCUGCCUCCCACCUCCACACCCCCAUGUACUUCUUCCUCUGCAACCUGUCCUUUGUUGACAUCUGUUUUGUCUCCACCACAGUCCCAAAGAUGCUGGUGAACAUCCAGGCACACAGCAAGGACAUCACCUACAUAGAAUGUCUCAUCCAGGUGUAUUUUUUAUUGAUUUUUGCUGGAAUGGAUCAUUUCCUACUGACCAUCAUGGCUUAUGACCGGUUUGUGGCCAUCUGCCACCCUCUACAGUACACAGUAGUCAUGAACCCCCGCCUCUGUGUCUUCCUGGUUCUGAUGUCGUGGUGCUUCCUUUCCUGGGUCUCCCUGCUUCACCUUCUGCUGCUGAUGAGGCUGACUUUCUCUACUGGCACUGAGAUUCCCCACUUCUUCUGUGAACUGGCUCAGCUUCUCAAGGUGGCCAGCUCUGAUACCUUCAUCAAUGACAUCACCUUGUAUGUGGCAACUGCCCUGCUGGGCUUGUUUCCUGCCGCCGGGAUCCUCUUCUCUUACUCUCAGAUUUUCUCCUCCUUAAUGAGGAUGUCCUCUGCUGUGAGCAAGUACAGAGCAUUUUCUACCUGUAGUUCUCACCUCUCUGUGGUCUCCUUGUUCUAUGGAUCAGCUUUUGGCGUCUAUCUCAGUUCUGCUGUGACACAAGCUUCCCUGAGAAUCUCCAUUGCCUCAGUGAUAUACACUGUGGUCACCCCGAUGCUGAACCCCUUCAUCUACAGCCUGAGGAACAAGGAUGUGAAGGGGGCUUUGGGCCAGCUCCUCGGCAGAGCAGUGCCUUGUCCUUGAUGAAUCCAUGAACUAAGGCUCAGGACAUUGCAGGUGGGGGAAAUGUGAAUUUCAUAUCCUGGCUCUUUUCUCCGACAAAGGACAUCCUUUGAUUUCUUCUGUUUCUCAAGAAUCUAUGGUUUUGGUUGUAUAUAUUUUUACAUUUGCUUCUCCUCAGUUUCCUCAGUACACCCAUCUCAUCUUUUCUUCCUUAUACAUGGUCCUGUAAAUUCCAUGUGUGGUUGUUUCUCUUUCAGAAAUUCCUAAUUCUAAAUGUCCUAUACAUUACUUAUACUCUAAAGUGUUCACAGGGUUUCCUCAAAAGUUAUCCUCUUAUUGGGGCUGGUGUUUUGGUACUAGGUUAAGCUGUCACCUGUAUGCCAGUUUGAGUCCCAUGUGCUUCACUUCCCAUUCGGUUUCCUGGCAAUGCCCUUGGAAAAACUCAGAAUAUUAUACAAAUGCUUGGACCCCUUCCACCCGUGUGGCAGACCCAGAUGGAGUUCCAGGCUCCUAGCUUCAGCCUGGUCCACCCCUCUACAUUGCAGCCAUAUUGGGAGUUAACCAGUGGGUGGAACAUUUCUCUCUCCAUCUCUGCAACUCUGUGAUUUAAAUAACUAAAGCUUUACAAAAUUAUGCUCUUGUUGUGGUUUUGAUUUGAAUUUCCUUCAUGGCUAGUGAUAUUGAGUGUUCUUGGCCAUUUGCAUUUCUUCUUCUGAGAAAUGUCUACUCAGAUCAUUUGGCCUUUUCCUACCUGGAUUCUCAGUCAGAAGCAAUAAGUUCUAGUAUUCCACAACAAAUUAGGGUCCUUUGUUUCACAAUAAUAUAUUAUGUGCCUUAUAAAGAACCAGAAAAGAGGAUUAUCUAGGCUCCUAACACAAAGAAAAGAUAAAGAAAUGGAAAAGCCAGUUUCCUGGCCUUAUCAGCUUACCGUGUAGUUGAAAUACUUCACUGUACUCAAUAAAAAUGUGUUAAGUAUUGGGGUUGAAAUUGUGGUGCAGCAGGUUAAGCUGUCACUUAACCUGUUUUCCACAUUGAUGUGCCAGUUUAACUCCCAGCUACUCUGCUUAUGAUCUGACUCUCUGCUAAUGUGCCUUGUAGGGUAGCAGAUGAUGGCACAAGUGUUUGGGUUCCUGCUACCCAUGUUAGAAAUCUGGAUGGAAUUCUAGGCUUCUGUCUUCGGCCUGGCUCAGCCCUGGCUGUUUGAGGCAUAUAGGAAGUGAACCAGUAGGUGAAAGAUCCUUGUCUCUCCCUUUUUCUCUGUCCCUCUGCCUUUCAAAAAAAUUUUAAAAUUCUGUAAUUAUUGCAUGCUAAUAAAAACAUUUUAAAAGGACCAAUUAUCAUCUUGUGAAUUUUAAGUUUUCUCAUAACAAAAAAUGGAUUAAUAUUUGAGGCCAUAGUUAUAUUUAUUUCUCUGAUUGGAUAAUUUCACAAUUUGUAUGUGUAUUGAAAAAUCACCUUGUACUCCAUAAAUAUAUAAAAUUAUUGUUUGUCAGUUAAUAAUAAAGCUUUCAAAAUUUGCCCUCUUGUAUGCUGAUUUUUGUCUUGUUGAUUUGUGUUUUUGUUUUCUCUGGAAUAUUGAAGUGAACAUCAUAUGACAGUGCAAGAUAAGUGCUGACCAUAUCAAAACUGUGCUUGCAUUACAUAGAUGAUGCUUUCUAAUCCUGAAGAUGUGUGAGAGAUCCUCUUCCUUCACCCUAUUUCUUGGAUGAAGAAACUGAGAUAGUGAUGGACAACAAUCUAGCAACUUGACACUAAGAAGGCCCAUACCCCUAACUUAGCCAUCCUGCUUUUUCUAAACAUAGUGACGUGAUUUUCAAUAUGAAAAGCUGGAUUUUUGGCUGGCGCCACGGCUCACUAGGCUAAUCCUCCACCUGCGGCACCAGCACCCUGGGUUCUAGUCCCGGUUGGGGCGCUGGAUUCUGUCCCAGUCACUCAUCUUCCAGUCCAGCUCUCUACUGUGGCCCGGGAAGGCAGUGGAGGAUGGCCCAGGUCUUUGGGCCCUGCACCCACAUGGGAGACCAGGAGGAAGCAUCUGGAUCCUGGCUUCAGAUUGGCACAGCACGUUGGCCGUAGCGGCCAUCUGGGGGGUGAACCAAUGGAAAAAAGGAAGACCUUUCUCUCUGUCUCUCCCUCUUUCACUGUCUAACUCUGCCUGUCAAAAAAGAAAAAAAAAGAAAUGAAAGAGAAAAGAAAAGCUGGAGUCUAGCCACAAAGCUGGUUUGUUCACAUGAUCCAUACUGAUGUACUACCUGUGAUAACUCUGGGAUGCUGCCUCAUUCUUAUUUUCUUGCUUCUUCCUUCCUUCCUUCACUCUUUUCAUCCUUAUUUGAAUCCUUUCAUCUUCCUCUGUGGCUGUUUUGUUGGUUAGUGCUAAUUUGCUUUGCUCCUUUUCUUGACUGAAUAGUAUUCCACUGUUUGUGUAUACAACUUGUAUAUCCAUUCACUCUCUGAUCGACAAUUGGGUUAUUUCAAUAUUUCGGCUAUUGUGAAGGGUACCUUUGUGGACAUGUUUGAACAUUUUCUUGAGUACUUCUUUUCCAUUACUGGGGGAACAUACCUAUGUAUCACACUUGCUAGGCUAUACCUUAAUUGUAUGUUUGACUUUUUGAGUAACUACAAAACUGUUUUUCAUGGUAGUUAGCACAUUUUACAUUCCUAGAAAUGUAUCAAGGUUAUAAUAUCUUAACAUCAUUCCCAAUACUUUAAAAUUGUUCUCUUUAAAAAGAAAAUGAUGGCUUCCUAGUGAGUUUGAAGAGUUAUCUCAUUGUUAUUUUGAUUCAGAUUUCCCUAGUGAUUGAUCAGAUUUCUGUGUACUUGCUGGCAAAGUGUCUUGUCUUCUUUGGAGAAAUGUCUUUUCAAGUAUUUCCUCAUUUUUGGUGUGUGUGUGUGUGUGUGUACUUUUUUUAUUUCUGACUGGAAGGGUUCUUUAUAUAUUCUGGACACUUUACCCUUAUGAGGUAGAUGAGCAUAUUUGCUAAUAUUUGCCUCAUCAUGUAUAUCUUUCAGUUUCUUUCAAAUAUAUGAUGUAUUAUUAUUAACUGUACUCAGCAUGAUGUACAGUAGAUGUCUUGGAUUUAUUCCUCCUCCCUAACAUAGAUUUUGUAUCCUUUGAUCAAAUGUGCUCAAUUCCCUGCCCUACAGACUCUGAUGUCACCAUUUUACUUUCUAGAGUUCAACCCGUAUGGGCAACCCAUAUGCUGGAAACCCAUAUGGGCACCAGUUCAAGUCCCCACUGCUUCACUUCCAAUUCAGCUUUCUGCUGUGGCCUGGGAAAGCAAUAGAAGAUGGUUCAAGUCCUUGGACCCCUGCACCCAUAUGGAAGACCCAAAAGAAGCUCUGGCUCCUGGCUCCUGGCUCCUGGCUCCAGAUCAGCACAGCUCUAGCCACUGCAGCCAUUUGGGGAGUGAAACAGCAGAUGGAGACCUCUCUCUCUCUGCCUGUCUUUAUUUUUUUUAACAGGCAGAGUUAGAGAGAGAGAGACAGAGAGACAGAGAGAAAGGUCUUCCUUCCAUUGGCUCACCCCCCUCAAAUGGCCACUAUGGCCAGCGCACUGCGCCAAUCCGAAGCCAGGAGCCAGGUGCUUCCUCCUGAUUUCCCAUGCGGCUGCAGGGCCCAAGGACUUAGGCCAUCUUCCACUGCCUUCCCGGGCCACAGAAGAGAACUGGACUGGAAGAGGAGCAACCGGGACAGAAUCCAGUGCCCCAGCUGUGACUAAAACCCACGCGGAGGAUUAGCCUAGUGAGCUGUGGCACUGGCCUUUCUCUCUGCCUCUGCUUCUCUCUAACGCUGCCUUUCAAAUAAAUAAAUAAAUCUUUUUUUAAAACAAAAUCUUGUUUUAAAACUUUGUCAAGCCAAUGAUUAAGAAUGUUAAACUUCUAUAGUUUGAACUGUGAUUACUUUAAAAUUUACUGUAUAUGGGUGAAAUGGUCAUUUUUCCUUUCAGUUAUUACUUAAAGCCACUGUCUAUAUUUCCACUAAACCAGGGUCUGUUUUGUUUUCAUUUGUUAAACUUCAGUGAAGUAUUAAGCCCCUUUACUAUAAUGUAAAUUUAAAAUAUAUUACCUCAAAAAAAAGAGGGAGAAGGAAGGAUAGGGUUGGGAGAGAAAAGAGGGGGAGGGAGGAAGGGAAUAUUAUUAUGUUCUUAGAAUUGUAUCUACGUAUCACAUUGAAUCUGUUAAAAACUAGUUAAAAUACUACUCAAAUCUGUGUCUACAGGUAUGCACACAGUAAGCUUGACAAUUUCUUUUAUACGGUUGACAUCUUGGUCUCAUUGUUUAUUUUACAUCCUUUAUUCAGCACCCACAAUGUAACAGUACCAGGUAAGUCCCUAGAAACUAAAAAGAGCAAAUUCAGACUCACAAAUGAACACUGAUAUCUCAGUGUGAGAGGGGCCAUCAAGGCAAAGUGUAGGGUGCUCUACUCUGGGCUUCAUACCAUCUGUCCCUGCUGGCCUUCUCCACUCUCCAUUUCAGCAGCCUCUCAAUUCUCUUCCUACACCAAGCUCACUGCCCGAGAGGGCAGCUGAACAUUCUAUCUCAGCCUAGGUUGUGUCUGUCUUCCUUGCUCUGACACGAUGACCCAUCCUUCCUCUCUUAGUUCAAGUUCUUCUAUUUCAGGGGCAUAUGUCUUGUUCAUUUUCCUAAACUAAUUUUUUUGUCUAUAAUUCAUUUUAAUUAUCUAAACAUUCAUGAUAGUGACCCACUUUUCUAUCAUGGAGAAUUUUAAAUAUUUAAUUUAAAAUCUUAAGUUUGCUUUUUGUUUUUUUAGGGUGGUUCAGUUUCUAUAAUUUUGGGUAAUUUUUGGUCAAAUUCAUCCAUCAUAUAGUUUGCCAAUUAACUGUGUUGAUUUUGAUGCAAGACAUGCUCACUUGAGAGAAUGCACACACACACGCUUUGUGCUUUAUUUUAAUGAUCGAGUAUUUUCGUUUCUUCCUUUUUUAAAAAAGAUUUAUUUAGUCAUUUGAAAGAAGCCUGUCAAAAAAAAGAGAAGAGAGAGAAGGAGAGGCAGAGAGAGAGAGAGAGAGAAUGGGAGAGAGAGAGAGAGGUGUCUUCUAUGUGCUGGUUCACUCCCCAGUUGGCUUCAAUGGCUGGAGCUGCACUGAUCUGGAGCCAGGAUCCAGGAGCUUCUUCCAGGUCUUCCACAUGGGUGCAGGGGCCCAAGGACUUGGGCCAUCUUCUACUGCUUUCCCAGGCCAUAGCAGAGAGCUGGAUUGGAAGUGGAGCAGCCAGGACUUGAACUGGCACCCAUAUGGGAUGCCAGCACUACAGACAGCAGCUUCACCCACUAUGCCACAGCACCAGCCCCUUGUUUCUUGUUAUUUAGCCCACAUUUUUUUUUCUUUUCUUGGAAGAAUAUACCUAGCAAGUAUUCCCUGAAAAAGAAGUCAUAAUGACUUCAUAUACAGGAAUGUUGUAUGGUGGUCAAUAGAGGUAACAGAUCCAUUGUAUUUAUGAGAUCAAGAUUCCAUCUUUGACGAUGCCCUAAUUUGGAGGGGAUAUCCUUACAGUUCCAUCUUUGGUCAGUUUUUCUUUUUACAGGCAUUCUUGAGAUUUCUGAUCUGACAUAUGAAGUACUUCCAAAUAAAAUGCUGAGGUUGCCUUAAAAUUAUGCUUUUGAGGCUUUUAAAUGUUCUUCCCACAAAGAAAUGAUGAAUGUUCAAGGUAAUAGACAUAUAUUAUUCCACAGUGUAUAUAAAUAUUUAACCAUCACAUUGUACCCCGUAAAUAUGUAUAACUACCUUCUCAAUUAAAAAUAAAAGUACUCAAAUAUUGUGCCCUUCCCCUCCAUUCUAUCAUGUGCUUGUUCUUCCUUGGAAGAAACGGAAUGGAAAUCAUACAGCAAAGGCAGAGGGCCUAUGGUAUCAGGUCUGUGCUCAUUGCUUUUACAUGAAUGACUUCUUUAAUCAUGAAAAUGUUUCAUUGAGAAAUUUUCUCUCUUGCAUUCCAUUUCUCAAAGGAAGAGUGAGAUUGGAUCGGACAAUAACCCAGCAAGCUGAUACUGAGCCCACGCUCUUAUCUUUGCUAUCUUUCUCGUCAUAGGAACAGUGAUGUGAUUUUCAACAUGGUAGCAGGAACCUCCCUGUGAAAGCAGGUUCAGUCAUAUGGGUAUUAGUCAUGUACUGCCCAGCAUAACUCCGAGAUGUUGCCUUGUUCUUUUUGAUGCAUCCUUCCUUCCUUCUUCCCACUCUCAUUCCCUCUUUCCCUCCUUUUCUCUUUCCUUUGGGCUGUUUUAUUGGUUAAAGUUAACUUGCUCUAUUUCUUCUUAUGGCUGAAUUAUUUUCAAGUAUAUUCAUUUAAACACUGAUGGACAUUUGAAUGAUUUCCAGUUUUUGGUUAUUGCGAGUAAUACCACUGUGGACAUGCAUGCACAUUUAUUUGUUUUGAGUAUUUGAGUUAAAUUAUUUGGAGAAUAUAUUUAGGGGCAGAGUGCUGGAUAAUGUUGUAAUUAUAUGUUUAUUUUUUCUGAGAAAUUGCCAAGCUAUUUUUUCAAAGCAAUGUAGCAGGGUUCUAAUAGCUUUACAUCCUUGGUAAUAGUGAUUUUACAGGUGUGGUGGAAAAGAUACCCUAAUACACUGCUGGUGGGAAUGUAAACUAGUAAAACCAUUAUGGAAGACAGUAUAGCGAUCCCUUGGAGAUCUGAAAAUAGAUAUACCAAAUGACACAUUCACUUCUGUGAAUUUUUUUAACUUUUAUUUAAUGAAUAUAAAUUUCCAAAGUACAGAAUAUGGAUUACAAUGGCUUCCACCCCAUAACGUCCCUCCAACCCGCAACCCUCCACUUAUCCACUCCCUCUCCCCUUCCAUUCACAUCAAGAUUCAUUUUCGAUUCUCUUUAUAUACAGAAGAUCAGUUUAGCAUACAUUAAGUAAAGAUAUCAACAGUUUGCUCCCACACAGAAACAUAAAGUGAAAAAUACUGUUUGAGUACUAGUUAUAGCAUUAAAUCUCAAUGUACAGCACACUAAGGACAAAGAUCCUACAUGAGGAGUAAGUGCACAGUGACUCCUAUUGUUGACUUAACAAAUCGACACUCUUGCUUAUGGCAUCAGUAAUCACCCUAGGCUCUUGUCAUGAGCUGCCAACGCUAUGGAAGCCCCCUGAGUUCACUGACUCUGAUCAUAUUUAGACAAGGCCAUGGUCAAAGUGGAAGUUCUCUCCUCCCUUCAGAGAAAGGUACCUCCUUCUUUGAUGACCCGUUCUUUCCACUGGGAUCUCACUCACAGAGACCUUUCAUUUAGGUUUUUUUUCCCCCCCAGAGUGUCUUGGCUUUCCAUGCCUGAAAUACUCUCAUGGGCUCUUCAGCCAUAUCCAAAUGCCUUAAGGGCUGAUUCUGAGGCCAGAGUGCUGUUAGGACAUCUGCCAUUCUAUGGGUCUGCUGUGUAUCUCACUUCCCAUGUUGGACAAUUCUCUCCCUUUUUGAUUCUAUCAGCUAGUAUUUGCAGACACUAUUCUUGUUUAUGUGAUCCCUUUGGUUCUUAGUCCUAUCAUUAUGAUCAAUUGUGAACAGAAAUUGAUCACUUGGACUAGUGAGAUGGCAUUGGUACAUGCCACCUUGAUGGGAUUGAAUUCGAAUCCCCUGGUAUGUUUCUAACUCUACCGUUUGGGGCAAGUCAGCUUGAGCAUGUCCCAAAUUGCACAUCUCUUCCCUCUCAUUCCCACUCUUACAUUUAACAGCAAUCACUUUUCAGUUAAGUUUCAGCACUUAAGAAGAAUUGUGUAUUGAUUACAGUAUUCAACCAAAAGUAUUAAGUAGAACAAACAAAAAAAAUACUAAAAGGGAUAACAUAUUAACCUGCUCAUCAACAGUCAGGGUGAGGGCUGAUCAAGUCACCGUUUCUCAUAGUGUUCAUUUCACUUUAACAGGUUGCCUUUUUGGUGCUCAGUUAGUUGUCACCUAUCAAGGAGAACAAGUGGUAUUUUUCCUUUGGGAUUGGCUUAUUUCACUAGGCAUAAUGUUUUCCAAAUUCCUAACAGGGAUCACUUUUCAGUUAAAAUUUAAACACCUAAGAAUAAUUGUGUGUUAAUUACAGAGUUCAAUCAAUGGUACUAGAACAAAAAAAUACUAAAAUGGAUAAAGUAUUACAUUGUACAUCAACCGUCAGGACAAGAGCUGAUCAAGUCACCGUUUCUCAUAGUGUCCAUUUCACUUCAGGAGGUUUCCUUUUUAUUGUUCAGUCAGUUGUCACCAAUCAUGGAGAACAUAUGAUAUUUGUCCCUUUGGUACUGGCUUAAUUCACUCAGCAUGAUGUUUUCCAAACUCCUCCAUCUUGUUGCAAAUGACCGGGUUUCGUUGUUUUUGACUGCUGUAUAGUAUUCUAUAGAGUACAUGUCCCAUAAUUUCUUUAUCCAGUCUACUUUGAUGGGCAUUUGGGUUGGUUCCAGGUUUUAGCUAUUGUGAAUUGAGCUGCAAUAAACAUUAAUGUGCAGACUGCUUUUUCGUUUGCCAAUUUAAUUUCCUUUGGGUAAAUUCCAAGGAGUGGGAUGGCUGGGUUGAAUGGUAGGGUUAUAUUCAGGUUUCUGAGGAAUCUCCAGACUGACUUCCAUAGUGGCUUGACCAGUUUGCAUUCCCACCAACAGUGGGUUAGUGUCCCUUUUUCCCCACAUCCUCUCCAGCAUCUAUUGUUGGUAGAUUUCUGAAUGUGAGCCAUUCUAACUGGGGUGAGGUGAAACCUCAUUGUGGUUUUGAUUUGAAUUUCCCUGAUUGCUAGUGAUCUCGAACAUUUUUUCAUGUGUCUGUUGGCCAUUUGGAUUUCCUCUUUUGAAAAAUGUCUAUAGAGGUCCUUGGCCCAUCUCUUAAGUGGGUUGUUUGUUUUGAUGUUAUGGAGAUUCUUGAUUUCUUUGUAGAUUCUGGUUACAACCCUUAUCAGUUGCAUAGUUUGCAAAUAUAUUUUCCCAUUCUGUCGGUUGUCUCUUCACUUUCCUGACUGUUUCUUUUGCAGUACAGAAACUUCUCAAUUUGAUGCAAUCCCAAAUGUUAAUUUUGGCUUUGACUGCCUGUGCUUCUGGGGUGUUUUCCAAGAAGUCAUUGCCGGUAACUAUAUCUUGCAGGGUUUUUCCAGUGCUCUCCAAUAAUUUGAUGGUGUCAGGUCAUAGAU